UCCUUAAUUUGAUCUACAGCUCAGUGUACUCCAAACCAGCGACAAUGUCCUAUGUGGACACUUUGCGCCAGUGGGACAAUGCUGUAACUUGCGUUGACAGACAGGAUUUGUCAGAGGCACUCAAGAUUUUCCUGGCUAUCCAAGAACCAAACUCCAAAAUUUAUUUUGACAUUGGCUGUCUCCAUCUUCUUAACCAAGACCUGGAUGCUGCUGAAAAGGCGUUUGAUUGCAGCAUAGGCAAGGAUGAGCAUCUGGCUGUUGCCUUCUUUCAAAGAGGGAUGACGUUUUACAGAAAGAAGAGGUAUGAGGAGAGUUUAGCUGAUUUCCAGCAAGCCUUCAAAGCACUAAGAGGCAACCAACUGAUAGAUUACAAAGCACUUGGUCUCAGAUACAAAUUAUAUGCAUGUGAGGUUCUCCUCAAUGUGGCUUUGGCUGAGGCUCAGCUGGGUCACUGGGAAAAAGCUCAUGAUAACCUUGUGAAGGCUCUCAACUACAAGACAGAUACCAAGCUCAAUAUCAUUGACAAAGCUCUGGAUUCAGCCCUGAAACAGAAACUUUUCAAACCAGUCGAGUUCCCAUCAAAAGUGCUAUUCAAACCGAAUAAGCACUAUGUUGCUGAGCUGGAGAAGAAGGACUACCUGGGCAAAGCAAAGGUUGUUGCCUCAGUCGUUCCUCAGGAUGCCUUCUCUGGAUUUGCCCCCUUACAGCCACAGGUUGAAGAUGGUCCCACUUAUCCAAAAGAACCUGAGGUUCUGAGGGCUUUAGAAGGAGAACCCCACACUGUCCUGUUUGAGUUUGUUCCUGAGACCAGUGAUGAGUUGGCUGUAGUUCCGGGCAAUAUUGUGUUUGUACUGCAGAAGGGUGCCGACAACUGGGCAUCUGUGAUCUUCAACGAAAGAAGGGGACUUGUUCCUUACAAUUACCUUGAACGUUUGGAGAUCUCCUUGGCAUCCAAACAGAACGAGGCAAUACCUCAGCGUCCAAGUCGAGAACCACCCACCAGACCUCAGAGGAAACUAGGUUCUACUCCUAGUGGGAACAGCAGUGGAGAUUUACAAAAGGAUAUACGGCCUACUGACAACUUGUGUAUUGUCAAGGUCCGUUUCACAUUUAACUUUGCCGUCUCAGUACCACCUGGGUCUCCCUAUGCAACACUGAUUGAGAAAAUCAGUAAGAAACUGAAUCUCCCGCCUGCUGCAAUUACUUUGAGUUUAACCUCCGAGGCAACGGAACAAAGUGUAAUCAGCCCCAGCACAGAAAUGGAAAGUGUGUGGAAACGUGCCAGUGGUCUGCGCAUCACCUUGUGGUGUAACGCCAAAGAGCAAACUGAUGGAAAUCCAAAGAGCGAGAUUCACUUUGUGGCACUUCAUUCCUAUGAGUCAUCAAACCCAGAGGAUCUCAACUUUCAGCAAGGCGAUAAAAUCAAAUUACUCUCUAAAGUUAACCAGGAUUGGUUUGAAGGGCAACGUAAUGGGAACACUGGUAUAUUUCCUGCAUCCUUUGUGGAAGAAGCUCCUGUCAAUGGCCAGUAAUUGAAAUAAAUACACGUAAACAAACAAGAAGCUAGAGCCAGUACUCCAGCUCUGUGGCUGACGCUGAAAAGUAGUCAGGAACCCCCUUACCAAAACCAAUAAAGAAUCAAUUACAUUUAAUAAUCAGGGUCUACAUAUUGUUCAUUGAUGCAUCAUCAUGGAGACGUUGUUUCAUCUUCAUAGGCAAUAGCUAUGCCUCUCCUGCCCUCUACUGCCUUCACCACAGGUGUCUCUCCCAACAUCUGCUCUAAGCCACGCCAGCUUCGCUCUGCCAGAAAAGAUGCUGAAAAGAGAAAGCAAAAUGUGUUUUGUUUGAUUCAGCAAUUAUUGUACGUGUGCAGAAAUCUACAAUAAACUUAUGGAUGCAUGAAAAAUGAAUUCAAACA